UGUGAAACGAAAUAAAGAGCGUGAUGAUGACAGAAGAAAGUAGGGGCAAACGAAGGAAACAAGCCAACCCCAGGCGGAAUCGAGUGGAUGCUGAGCAAGUGAGUUCACUGGGAUCUGAGGGGGAGGAUGAGGUUGGCCUGUGGAGCCUGGAGCCCCAGGACUGCCAGGAGAGCCUGGACAAGACAAGCCUGACGCCUAGUGAGGGGACGGAGGACCCUGGCAGCCCUGCUCGCUCCACGCGGCCGCACAGCCUCAGCCCCGGCAGCAGGAACUACUGGGGGCAGGUGGAGCCAGAGGCCGAGGCUGUUGAGGACGCCACCAUCGCGUCUGCCGCUGACAGGGAGGGAGAUCAGGAACCAUUGAGGAUGUACUGUAACAACUCAGACUCGCAGAAUGCCUUCGAGGACCUGGCCCACUAUGAAUUUCUGGCCCACCUGAGGAAGACCUCUACCUCAGCCAGUCUCUUGGACCAUCUGAACCACAAUGGCACGGCAGUUGCAUACCACCCGGGCGGCAGGCACGAUGAGCUGCCACCUGCCAUUUGGUCUCCAGGAGCUCAGCACCGUUCAUCUGAGGGAGCAGAUGCAGGAAGGUCCCAUCAGGCCUGUCCAUUCUGCCACAGGAUGUAUCAGCGAGGAGCUUCUUUUAGGGACCACAUCAAGUACUGCCAGGAGAGGGAGGGGGCCCAUAUGGCAUGUCCGCUCUGUGGAUACACUGCCACCCAUAGGGCACAGAUGGAGCGGCAUCUGGCACUUCACAACCAAAUGCAGGAGAAGUGUGCUUUGGAUCAAGCCAUGGAGACCAGGAAGUUCAAAUGUCUGCAGUGUGGGAAAGCGUUCAAGUACAAACACCACCUCAAAGAGCAUCUCCGCAUCCACAGCGGUGAAAAACCUUAUGAGUGCUCCAACUGCAAGAAACGUUUCUCUCACUCAGGCUCCUACAGCUCCCACUUAAGCAGCAAAAAGUGCCUGAGUGGUGGAGGGAAUGGAGGGGGAAGCACAGGAGGAGCCAGCGGUGCUUUUAAUGGACAUACUCAAAGCUCCUACCACCACUCAUUUCCUACAUCUCCCUCUGCAGGCGGGGGGAGAAACAGUAACGACAAGGGCUCUCCAAUGACUUCACAGACCCAAGAUAAUACCAGGCCUCUGGGUCGAGUAACAGAGGAUCCUCACCAGCUUUCACUGCAGGACCCCAACCACAAUCCCACAGGCUUCGCCAGAGCUUCAGACCUAGCUCGGCUGUGGGACCCCUCGGCAGAGCUCUCCCUGAGGGCCAGCAUACUAAAAGGGACCACCCUGCUGCCUUAUCUGCACUCUGGGACCAAGUUUGAGCAGAUGCUACAGGAGAUGCUUCACAGGGAGGUGAAGAAGGACGAGGAGAUGGACAGAGAAGCAGGAGGAGGAGCUGCAGCGGAGGAAAUCAGGGUGAUUUACAACGGAGGAAGGCCCGACAGGAAGGUGUCACCUGACAGGAGAAGAGAGGCAGUGAGGUCAGGUGAGGGAGAGAGAGGUGUGCUUGGAGUGACAUGCCGCUGGUGCUCCCAGCUUUUCCCAAAUGUGGCGGUGCUCCUGCAGCACGAGCGCUACCUCUGUAAGAUGAACCGAGAUGCAGUGGAGGUGCCCGAGGGUCUUCGCGGUAAAGACCACCCCUCGUCACCUUUGUUCUUCCCGAGAUCUUCCCUCCAACCGGAGAACAGCAAACAGAGCGAAGUAACCAACGGCCUCUCUGGGAGCAAAUCACCCUUACAGAAUCCCAGCUGGUUCUCGGUACCGCAGCAACUUUUGGUUGCAAUGCACUCUCCCCCACAGCCACACCAUGAUGCCCUGUCCUCACGAGCGUACUGGUCUGGCCAGGAAAAGGGAAGUCCAAGUCAACCAAUCAACCGCUCCCCAGAGCUGUCAUCACCUCGAGCCAGAAGGAGAGUUCCCUCUUCAGGAUUCGGUUCGCCGGUCUGCCUCGACCUCACCAGCUGUCCUCCCGAACUCCCCUCCCCUCAGAACCAGACCGGCAGCCCCUGGUCACAGAGCGAACCUCUGGAUCUCUCCCUGCCCAAGCAGCUCUCAGACCAGGAGGGGAGAAACAAAACUGUAAACGGCAACUCAGCCAGAGGAGAGAGGAGAGAGCCUGGGAACCAGCAGCUUAAGAGGCCAAGUCCAACUUCACAUCUAUCCCUUCACCACCACCCAGUCUUCAGUGGUGCCAGAGCUCCUGUGUUUCCAGGUUCCUUAUACAAUGGAUUUCCUAUCUUCAACCAGUCUGGUUUAGGGCUUUCAGGGCAUGACGGCAUCACAGCGAUUCCGCCAUUUGGCCAGCCAGCUAAUAGCCCUGGGUUUCUCUCUCCCAUGGCUUACAUGAUGGAGGCAGACGCAGAGGCGGCAUUGAAGAAGAUCCACCAGGAGAGGCAAGCUCUCAUGGGUGAGGUGUUAAGCCGUGGAGCUCUGGACUAUCUCUCUCUCAUGGAUGAAGGACUGGAUGGAGAAGGAGGGCCAGGGAGGAAGAGACUGAAGAAGACAGAUGAGGGGCUUUACGCUUGUGACAUCUGUGAAAAAACCUUUCAGAAGAGCAGCUCUCUGCUCCGACACAAAUAUGAGCACACAGGCAAGCGUCCUCAUGAGUGCAAAAUCUGCAACAAGGCCUUCAAGCAUAAGCACCAUCUGAUUGAGCACAGCCGGCUGCACUCCGGAGAGAAACCCUACCAAUGUGACAAGUGUGGCAAACGCUUCUCUCACUCUGGCUCGUACUCCCAGCACAUGAACCACCGCUAUGCUUAUUGCAGCAAAGACCAGGAUCCAGACCAAGACCACGAGGAGAUGCCUCUCACCCCAGGGGCAGGCAACAAUCUUGGGGGCCGCCUUAUUGAUGAGACCCCUCUGUCACUGGAGGAUACCCAAACCCCGCACUCCUUCCUCAGCGACUCCAGUCUGGAUGGAGCUGCAGAGGCCCUCAAGGAGGAGGAAGAUAAAGAGACAGGGGUCAGUGAUGGUCCUGGGGAGGAGGCACAUCUGAGUUUUUCAGAGGCAGCAGAGAAGCUGGGAGGUAUCCAAGAAUCACCUACAGGGGACAAUGGAGUGCAAAAUGAGAGAAACGGUUACAAUGUCAGAAAUCAUAUUGACAAUGCAGAGAGACAGUUCUGGGGCCGAGACACUGACGACCAGAACGGAGACUUGGAGAAAUGUGAACUGAGCCUGGAUUUAACAGAUUUACCAAGAAUAAAAACUUAAGGUGACUUCAACAAGCCAAUACAAUGCAUAUACUAUAUAUAUUAAGA